AAAGGAAGUGUAGCAGCCAUCGGAAUUGAGUUUAAGGCAACAGUACUGUCAAACGGAGAUGAUGUUGGCCAAUCUGUCUGCCGUGAUCCGUGACCCGUUGAAUUCCAGAGUCAAACAUACGUCAUCAAACCGCGCUGUGUUUGCUUGAAUGAACAGCUCUAGGUGUUUCACAAUAAUUAUUAACGGUAAGGCUAAAAUAUGACUGAAGCUAAGAGAGCCUUCUCACUGGUGUGGGACCAUUUCACCCUGGUGAACCCCAGGAAAGUCCAGUGCUCCCUUUGCUCUCAGUGCCUCAGCUUUAACAAGAACACCUCGGCCAUGCUCAGACAUCUGCGGUCCAGACACCCCAGUGAGGCUUGGUACAACACCAGUAAUCCUAGUUCUGGAGUCCUGGCCAUGUUCCCCAACUGUUCUGGAACCCUCUCCACAUUCCCUAGUGGUUCUGGAACCCUCCCUGUGCUCUCUAACAGCUCUGGAACCUUCACAACGUUCUCGAAUACUGUAGGACUCAGCUCACCAUUGACCAGUUCAACUGGGAUCAACCCAACUUUAAGUCCCAACAGUUUGACAGCACACAGUGGCUUAGCCUUUUCCACCAGACAAGAGGACUUGGAUGACGCCCUCAUCAACAUGUUAAUCAAAGACUGCCAGCCAUGCUCAUUGGUGGAAGACGAAGGAUUCUCUGCUUUUGUUAUGAAGCUUGACCCAGAUUAUGUCCUCCCCACUAAGAAGGCCCUGAAGACCCGGGUGGCUUCACAAUGUGACAUCAUCAAUGACAGUGUGGCAUCAGAGGUGGAGCGUGCUGACUACAUCAGUCUGACAUCAGACACCUGGACGUCCACAAGCAUGAACACCUAUGUCUCAGUGACGGGCCACCUAGUGACGGAGGCCUCCCAGCUCUGCACCUUCCUGCUGGGGGUCUGCAGGCUGCCAGAAAACCACAAGUCUGUCCACCUGGAAGAGGCUAGGAACCAACUGGUGGCCAGCAGGGGACUCCACAGCAAAGUAGCCGCCUUUGUCACAGAGACCAGCGAUAACAUGUCCACCAUGCUGCAGAAGCUAGGUGUCCUUCUGCUGCCCUCUUUUGCUCACGUGCUGAACCAGGUAGUGAAGAUGUCCAUGGAGGCCACCACAGAGCUGCAGGAGAUCCGGUCGCAGGCUCGGACUAUCGUGGCGUUCUUCAAAUCCAACCCUGUGGCCAAGGAGCGCCUAGCUGCGGUCCAGAAACAGCUUAACCGCCCUGGCCAGAAGCUGCUACUGGAGGUGGAGUCCAGGUGGAACAGCUCCUUCUCCAUGCUGCAGUGCCUGUUCCACCAGCGCGAGGCUGUGGCAGCAUCCCUCAGCACUCUGGACACAGACAUCAGCCCCCUGGGCUCGGCGGACUACGAGGUCAUCCACCAGUGCCUGGGCGUGCUGGACCCCUUCCACCAGGCCACUGGAGAGCUGGCCUCAGAGAGGCGCGUCUCUGCCUCCAAGAUCAUCCCUCUGGUCCGCAUGCUGAGGGUCAUCCUGAUGGAGAAACGCUCCGCCUCUGUCCCCAGCCACCCCACAGCUGCACAGCUGUCCUCCCACCUGCAGAGGGCGCUCCAGACCAGCUGCGGUUCAGUAGAGUCGGAGCCCGUGCUGGCCCUGGCCACCCUCCUGGACCCACGGUUUAAAGUGCUGGCAUUCGGGAACCCUGGCUGUGCUCAAGAUGCCGUCAAGCAGCUGACUUCCGAGUGUGCCGCCCUCAUUAGGGUCAACUCUGUCAAGUCCCAGUCGUCACCGUCCAAGGCUUCCGCCUCUCCCGCUUCACCCGCCGCCAAACACACCGCCGCCUGGACGAUGGAGACGGCCGCGGACGACGCCACGGCAACGCCAGCGAGGCUCACAAGCGAGCUCGGUGGUGCCACCGGUUGCCAAAGUGGGGGGUUGUGGGAGAUGUUCGACAGCAAGGUCGGCGAGACGCAGAGCGUCCAGAGCAGCACGGCCGACGCGGCGGUGGAAGUGCAGCGCUACCUGAGCGACACCUACCUGCACCGCGGGGAGAACCCCAUGCACUACUGGGAGAGGCACAGCAAGGUGUACCCCCACCUGUUCAGCCUGGCCAGGAAGUACCUGAGCGUUCCCGCCUCAACCCUGCCCUGCCACCGCCUCUUCACCAAGGCUGGGGAGGUGUUCAAUAAGAGGAGGAGUUGUCUGAGUAUGAACGCCGUGGAACACAUCAUGCUGCUCAACGAAGGGCUGGUUUAACCUCUUGUGUUCAGUUUGUGAGUAGGUAGUCAGUCAACAGGAUACUGUAUCGAUUUAUUUGAUUGUAACCACUAGAGGGCAGCAUUACAAUGCCUUACUGAGCUAGUUCUACUGAUUUAUACUGUUGGUUGUCAAGAACAAAAUAAUUAUUACUGCUAAUAGUUAUGUACUACUUGUGACUUAAUGGGCCUAUACUACGAAGCAGGAUUUGGGGUUAGCGAAGGAACUUUGGGUUUAACCAUGGGAUAAAUGAUCAGAUGAGUAUCAUCCUGAAACAGAGACUGAUUAAAACAUCCAAAGCCUUGUACUUAUUGACCUUAUAAGAUUAGUAAAUUGGCCUAUUUAGCGGUUUGAAUUGUUUUUAUGUGUGUUCUGUAUUUGCUCCCAAGACCGUUUUAACACCGUCAUACAGCUGAAAGAAGGGGGCUAAACAGCAUAAGAAUACACGUAAGGAACACACUAAUUUAAUGGAAUAGGCUACACAAUUUAUUUGUCAGCUUUCCUUUGGCAACAGCAACGGUGUAAUAUUGAACUUGCUUCGUAGAAUAGGCCUCAGGUCCAAUUUAGCCUGUUUACAGUUUUAUUUAAUGAUGAUAGUAAUAUUUAUAGUGCUGCUACAUUAAUCUUUACAUACCGUGUAUCUUAAACUUGAUGUGCAAUAACAAAAUGUAACAGUAAAUUGUCUUUGAGUGUACAGAAUACAAUCUAAGAAUGUGUCUUUGAUCAUUUGCAGGUUAAAUAUUGACACAAAGACUAUCAAGAAUUGUACAUGCACAGCAUGUGAAGGGUCUAGUGCUGUUAGCGCAUUAUGUUAUUAAGUCUAGCAGCUCAGUAUAUCUAAAAUGUCCUCAUGUGAACAGAUAACUUGUUACCAAAGAGUAAUCACAGAUCAAUACGGCUUUGUCUAUUGAUACUCGAAUCAUAUUUCAUAAAUCACAGAUUAAAUUGUCCUGUU